AUGGAAUCAUCCGAGCAAGACAGCCGAACCUCCACGCCACGGUCGUUCACCGGCCAGACCGUGUCCGCCGAGGACAUGCUCAAGUCGCAAACCGUCGGUCUCGUGCAUCUGUCCGACUUUCGCAAGCGGCGCGCAGAGGUUCUGGAGCAAAAGGAGCGCGAGGCACAUGAUAAGUCCCUUGGGCGACUGGCAUCUGGUAAUUCACGAAGCGCAACUCCUUCUGCAGGCGAAAUAACUGACGGGUCUUCGACUCCUCGAAGCGACGCCCCUCCGAAGAAGAAGAAGAAGAAGGCGCUCGUCAAGAGUAAGCUUUCUUUCGGUGAUGAUCAUGACGACACAGGGGAAGACUCCGCCGCAACUCCGCGCGACUCGAGUGUAUCACGAUCCGGUUCAAAGACACCUGUUGAUGACGGCGCUAUGUCUGCUGCGGCUGUCCGUCGCAUGAAGGCGAACCCAAAUGCGCCACCUCCUCCCAAGGCGAUGACCAAGGCCGCGAUGGAAGCGGAGGCGCAGGCUCGCGAUACACUACGGAAGGAAUUCUUGGCGAUGCAAGAGUCGGUUAAGAAUACCGAGAUUGCUGUUCCGUUUGUCUUCUUUGACGGUACUAGCAUACCUGCUGGCUCAGUCAAAAUGAAAAAGGGAGACCAUAUCUGGUUGUUCCUCGAUCGGUGCCGUAAAGUGGGUGCUGAACUAGGAGUUGGUGGAGCCAAUGGAGCCUCCAAGGCACGCAAAGAAUGGGCACGCAUCAGCGUUGAUGAUCUGAUGCUUGUCAAAGGCGAUGUGAUCGUCCCGCAUCAUUACGAGUUCUACUACUUCAUCGCCAAUCGAAUUCCAAGUUACUCCAAAGCUGGCGGUUUGCUAUUCAAUUAUUCAGAUAAGCCUGCGCCAGCCAAGUCAAACGAUGAUGAUCCGCUCUAUCGCCCAAGUGAUCACAAAUUAGAAGGCGCCGAUUACGAUGCUACCGAAACCAAGGUCGUAGAUCGACGUUGGUACGAAAAGAACAAGCACAUUUACCCGGCCAGUUUAUGGAACGAGUAUGAGCCAGGGAAGGAGUUUGAGGAAAAGAUGACGUCUACGCGGCGUGAUGCAUUGGGAAAUACAUUCUUCUUUUAG